AUUUUAACGCGCCAUUUUUGGAUUUGAUCAAUUUUCCAUUUUUUAAAAAAAUAAUAAUUUAAUAUAAUGAAUAAUAUUCAUCAUAAUAAAGUGUUUGGUUCACAAACAAUAACCGAACAACAGAUUACAAUUGCAGCUACUAAUCAUCAAAAUGCUACAAAUCAUUUGUUACAAGCAUCAUCUUCGAAUUCGAAUACAAUAAAUAAUGGACAAUCGAUAACAAUAGCCGGACAGCCAUUAAUGGUUCAAGCAUUACAAACAAAUAGUACUAAUAAUUCACAUAAUCAACAACAACAACAACAAUUUUCACAGAUUAUUAUGCCAAAUGGUCAACCGAUUAUUCUACAACAACCACCACAAACUGCAUCCGGUUCAAUUUUGCAAACAACCGAUGGUCAAACAAUAAUAUGUCCAACAGCAAUAGCUGCCAAUGCAGAUAAUUCACAAUUACUUCAAACAUCACAAGGAUUAUUACAGAUUCAAUCAUCAGGAACGACGAUUAUGAAUAAUAGUGGCACACAAUUGUCACAAAAUUCUGCCAACAAUUAUCUAGUAUUAGUACCGAAUGCCAAUGGUAAUGGUCUACAAAUGUUAUCACGUUUUCCUACAUCACAAACAACAACGGCAACAACAACAACAAACGAUACGAAUACCGAAGAAGAACCAUUAUAUGUUAAUGCAAAACAAUAUCAUCGAAUUAUAAAACGAAGAAUAGCACGUGCUAAACUUGAACAACAGGGUAAAAUAUCGAAAACAAGACGAAAAUAUCUUCAUGAAUCAAGACAUCGUCAUGCAAUGAAUCGUGUACGUGGUGAAGGUGGCCGUUUUCAUUCGAUCGAUAUUCCUAAAGAUGAUGAUGAUACCGAUGAUAAUGGAUACGAUAUGAAUAGUAGUGAUGAUUCACAUUCAACAUUUGCCACCGCUAAUGAUCAUCAUAAUGUACAUAAAUCUCAUUUAUAAAUAUCCCAUUCCAUACCUUUAUUAUUAUUAUUGAUUAUUUUCAAAAAACAUUCAAGUCAAAUCAAAUCAAAAUUAAUUGAUCACGUGUCAAUCUUACGGAUUCAUUGGAUAUCUGGGGAUUUUUAUCUACAUUGAUCGAUUGUUUUGUUGAUGAUGAUAAUGAUGAUGAUGAUGAUGAUGUUAACCAUCUAGCAUUAUCCAUAAGAUGA